UUUACCCCUUCUCUCUCUUCACCCUUACUUCUUUUCUUUCUUCUGCGACCUCCCUGCCCGAUUCUCUCCGUUUCUCUUUUUAUUUUCACCCCCUUUCACUUUAUUCUUCUUCUUUUAUUUCUUCUUGCAGCAACACAAAUAAAGGGACAUUGGAUUUUCGUAGGUCAAACCGUCAAACAAGAAGCUCGAUCAACAACCCAUAAUAUUGAAGUACUCCGUUUUGUGCGGGUGGCACGGAUGAGACAUGCACUCUUCUACAUUAAAGGCGAGAAUCAACCAGAAAUAAUCAUUGUUUUCUAUGGAACUCACAACAAAGUCGAUGCAUAUGAAUCACCAAAAUUCCUUUGAAGAUAUCUCAAAAAAUGUGAAGGAACUUACCAGCUGAAUGGAACAACAAUACCUUCCUCAAGAUUGCACUUAUUGUUUGUUUGUAGUCGAAGCAUUGUUAUGUCUUCGUUUAUAUUGUUUGUGCGUGGUUAGAACAUUGUUUGUGUGUCG